AUACACCACACCAGCUGUAGAGUUCUGGCUUUUGGUGGCUCCCUCUGUCCUGUCGCCUUCGGGCGCUUACGAGUCUCUCUCUGUUUCUAUCUCUCUGCUCUUUCCUUCUCUUAUAUGGGCUAAAUUGCACAAUUCUAACAUUAGAGGCGACUCAAUAGCCAUAUGCUAACUUCUCCUCACUCACAGUCGAGACCCGCGCGCAUACAUAAGCAGUGUUGGUGCCUUGUCGAUAUUUGAGAUCGCAUUUCAACUGGGUUUUCUUUAUUCUGGACUCUCCAAUACUUUCCUGGAUUCUUUGGUUCCCAACAUUUCAGAGGUUUCUAUGGAUUCCUUUAUUUUGCUGUUUCGCUUUUACAGGUAGCUUAGGAGCUACAAAUUUUAAGCUUUCAAAGUUGGAUUUUGGCGGAGCAAAACGUGAGAACCUAAUGCAAUGGAAUGACAUAAGGACAUGGAUAGGCAGGAGACAACCACAAUAUGCAGGUCUCACUGUAUCAUAUAAACCAAACAAAGUAUUCAACGUAAAUUGUGGUCCAACAUUGGAAACAGAGACUGCUACAAAUAGAGUGGAUGAGGUGAAAGAGAUUAAAUCAUCUGGUUUGACAAGCCAACUUAUUCCAAAUCUGUCUGAGGUUGAAUCUCUGGUCACAGAAAUGUGCAAUACAGCUUCCAUUGCAGAGUUUGAAUUGAAAGUUGCAGGAUUUAAGCUAUACAUGAUGAGGGACACAACUGAGAAAAAUAAACUUCCAUCUCUGCAUACUCUUGCUCCUUCCACUGCCAGUUUCCCUUCUCCUGCUCCUGCAUCUGUCACAGUGGAUGCCACUUUCAAGGCUCCUGAUUCAAAUAUAUCUGCAUCUUCUACAUCUUUGACUAUUUUCAAACCAGUACCCUUUUCAGGGGGAAUCAAAUCAUUUCUAGAUAGAGCUGCAGAUGAAGGCUUAGUGAUACUGCAGUCUCCAAGGGUGGGUUUUUUCCGAAGAUCUCUAACUAUAAAGGGAAAACGUGCACCACCAUCAUGUGAUGAGAAGCAAAUGGUGAAGGAGGGCCAAGUGAUUUGCUAUAUUGAACAGCUGGGUGGCGAGCUCCCAAUUGAGUCUGAUGUAUCUGGUGAAGUGAUCAAAAUACUGCGGGAAGAUGGUGAACCUGUUGGAUAUGGUGACGCUCUCAUUGCAAUCCUUCCAUCGUUUCCUGGGAUAAAGAAGCUUCAGUAGACGAUCUAAUUUAUCUUUCUUUGAAGCAUUCUCGGCAUUAUUGAGGUGAUGGUAAUUGGAGUCGCGUGUGUUUCUGUUGUUCUCGCCAUGCAUGGCAGAAUGUGCAGUAACCUGAUCGUUGCUUUUAUUAUGGAAUCUGUACUCAAGUUUGAUACUAGCUAUGAAUAAACUUCCAUAGAUUUUAACAUUUCAGUAAUGUAAUUAAACAAGAACUUUGUGCAAUUCAGCUGCAAAAAACGUCGCUUGCUUUCUUUGUCAAAGACAUUAUUAUUAUUUAUAGUUUUUCUUUUUCCUA